GCACAUAUUUUAUUUGGAAGUUUUCCAAAGACCCCGAUGGCUUCUAUUCCUGACGUAACUUCUUCGAAUUCCUACUCUCACCAAGAAAAUGACGUAUCAACCAAAAAUUACAGUACGCCCUACGUCAAGGAAGAAGAUGGCAAUAACUCCCAUACAGUGCAUUAUGUUGCAGAUGAUGAGUCGCAAGAGUAUAUCACGGUACAAUACUAUGAGAAUUACGACAAAUACACCAUUACAACUGAAGCUAAUGCCAAAGGACUAAUAGUCAAUAAUCAUGAAGCUCACCAACAUUGCCCUCCGAAAAAUCCUUUCAAAACCAUCGAUGGAACGUUCGUCCUUGAACCUGCACAUUCCAACUCUUUCAGCAGAAAUUCAAUGAACAACGAAGGAGCAGUGCCUCUGAUAAAACAAGAACAUUAUAAAAAUCUUGAGCAGGAACUUUCUAGCCAUCACCAAACUGAAAAAGAAUAUUUUGAAAAUUCUAAUAAUGAAAUGCAUUACGUAGAUGAGGGAGGGAAUUAUGUGAAACUAGAAUAUGAGGAGAAAUCUUGUUUAGAUAAUGUUGAAAGGGACUCUGACGAGAAAACACCAAGGCUUCAUUCCAUUUCACAAGUCAGUGCUGUACAUUCCAGUAACGUCAACAAUUCAACACUCCAUGAUUCUUGGAUAUCCAACAAGCAGAACCAGUCUUUCAAAGAAGAAUGGUUAGGUGAGCAAAAUGUUCUUAUAAUUAACGAUUAUAAUAUGGUACCAGCUUCCGUUAAGUCAUGGUUGGAGACACAACAGUUUUUCAAUAUCGAGAUGGGGAAUAAGUCUAUUGUUUCUAAAGAAAAUACAAAAAUGGAAACUGGAGAAGAUAGUUUGAAUUCUCAUCAAGAUUGGAAUGAACGAAACUCGGUAUCGAAUUUAGAAAAAUCUGAUGAUACUCACUCUUGGGAAAGAUCUGACCAUGGUAAGGAAUUUUUUGCGAGACAGAAAGUGCAUAACGAGCAUUCAAGUAAUAAUAAUGACUCCCAAAAUGUGCAGCUAUCAGCAACUCAACACUGGUGCUCUGAGCAGCAGCUCAACUCUACUGUUGCUCAAGCUGAUGUCGACUCAUGGCUAAAUCAUCCUGGUCGCGAAGACCAUCAAAAUCACCAAAUAAAUAAUGAAUCAUUUAACCAAAAUUUUUCAGCUGAUCAAGAUUUAGAAACAUUGAGAAAGAACCGUGAGAAAAUUACGAUGGAUGCCCAUCAAGCAUGGGAACAGGAAUGUCACGAUAUAAAGCAAUCAGAAAUGUCUUCUUGGCUUCCAAAUAUUCCUCACCUUGAACAAGAUGUUCACAAACCUAUUUCAACAGAAGGAGAAGAAUCAAUGACCAGUAAUAAAGAAAUCACUACUGUUGCUGAUUCUCAUAAUCAAAAUCAUUCUUAUACUGUAAUACACGAUUCUAAACUCUGGACUCAUGCUAACAAUAAUACUCAGUCAACGUAUGUUUUAAUGAAAGGUAUCACGCCAGUUACGAAAGGAAAUAAAAAUAAAUCAAGAAAUUCUCGAUAUUUUGGUCAUUCUGAGCCGGUAUGGAACGAAAACAAAAACAAAACUUCACAAGCAUGGAUGCUGGAUACCGCCCAUCUUUCUGCAGACAUGGCCGGCGGCAAUUGGAAUUACCAGACAGUCCCAUCCGUCACUGAAAACGACAAAGCUCAACCAAUAGAAUCUCCAUAUAAAAGAGAGGAGUCCCGCCCCCAUUCAGAUACUCUCAGCCAUUCCGCUUCUUCGUCCCCGCCUGGUAGGGAGGGUGAAGGGCGGGAAUCAAGUCCAAGACACAGCCUUGAGGUCGUCCAGUCGCGACAACCCCAGCAACCCACGAACCACGCGCCAUCUGACGGCGAAAGGGAUAGGGAACGCGAAACAGACACCAGCAGCGCUAGUGACUCAGUCAUGGUCAGUACGUUUGGCAGCAUGGCUCCUUACAGCAUGGCUGGUAAUUACUCUUCGCCUUCCUCGUAUUCAGGGAGGGAACUGUAUCCUGGAAAACCAAGUUCGGGGUACACUGUAGAUCCUGCCUCACCAUCUUCAGCUCUUUAUGCGUCUCCGACAGGUGGACUGACAAUGCUUCCUUACGUUGCUGGGCAGACUAUGGGAGGCCACCAGUCAAUGGUUUCUCAAAGCGGGCAUCACUGGUCGGGUUCGCAAACGCCGAAUGUCCAUGAUCAUCAGCAAAGUGCAGGUUAUGGCAUUUCGGCACUCACCUCUGGACUCAACCUUGCCCAGAAUUCUUUAAACUUAUCCGCAACAUCUCAGCCCAGUGGGUGUGACCAGAACGAGUUGAAUCGUACCGCGGGCUUUUCGACAUUUGCAUCCUCGGGCCAUGGUUAUCUGCGUCCUGAAAUGGCACCUCACUGGGGACUCUUAGAUCCGACCAUAUCCGGUUUACAGCAUCCUUACUGUCCAGAAGGAAUGGCUCAUCAUCUCGGCCAAGAUCGCACAGAUUAUUUUGCACUCCAGGAAGAAAGGGAAUGUGUAAACUGCGGAGCGAUUUCCACGCCACUGUGGAGGAGGGACGGGACAGGCCACUACUUGUGCAAUGCCUGUGGCCUUUACAGCAAAAUGAACGGCAUGAACAGACCUCUCAUGCGGCCGCAGAAACGGCUGGUAGGUCCUUUGGUG